UGAUCAAGCGUCCGAAACACCUGAAACAAAACGCUAGCAAUUUUAGGCAAUUUCUUGCUAUUUUUCGUUCUUUUAGGAAAGCUUUUUCGGCAAUUUAGGUUUUUUCGAUGAUGAGUUCUUCCUCUUUGUAAGAAAAAAGGAACUUUGCGGGCUGGCUUCACCGCAUGUGUCAGCUGUGACGCUGUGAGCGGAACGAGUCUUCCUGUUGACAAUAACAACUCUUUUUUCUUACACAAAAUGUGUCGAAGCCGACUUCAGUUGACGCUUGCAAUUCUAAAACCAGAUCUUAUGAUGCACCCAGUAAGAACUAAGGAGGUAAAGAACAUCAUAAAGAACAGUGGAUUUCUUGUAAUCCAAUCCAAAGUUACCUCUCUCAGUCUUCAAGAUGCAGAGAAGUUUUAUGAGGAGCAUAGGGAGCGGUUUUUCUUCAGUAGGUUAACUGGAUACAUGAGCAGUGGCCUAAUGACAGCCAUGAUUCUUGCUAAAGCAAACGGUAUCGCUCACUGGCGGGAACUGAUGGGUCCCACCAAGACUUACAGAGCAAGAGAUAUCGCUCCAACAAGUAUCCGAGCUUUGUACGGAAUAAGCGACACGAGGAAUGCUACUCACGGCUCAGACUCUGAUGAAUCCGCUAAGAGAGAAAUCGGCUUUUUCUUUCCCACUUUUGACUGCGAAAACUGGUAUAAAACGUACGAGCCACUUUACCGCGAGAACAGACAAUCACUGGCUUGGGAUAACGAACGUGGUAUUCAUUACGUUCCUCAAUGAACAAUCCUGAUGGCAGAGGACAAGUAAGGACGCGAAAUGAGAUUACAGUAUUGGCGGAGAAGAAAGAAAAAAAAAAGGAAAGAAAAAAGAAAGAAUGAAAGAAAGAAAGGAACUCUGGGCCGGAGAUUUUCCUGAAAGUAUGACGCAUGAGUGUGGUGCAUCACAAAGUUGUCACAAGUUGGCGGAACUUCUCAAACUGGCACACAAAUUAAUGUCCAAUUGGUUUUUACUUACCUACAGAUAUUUAUUUCACGAGUAUUUAUUUGCAUGUACAUAUUAAAACCAAAGCUUGAGUGUUGAGUAA